GUUGGGAGCUUGAUCAUCCCGAGGAUUGCGAGAUGGCUGUUCAUCACCUUUGCUUUUCUUUGGGUCGAUUGGUGUUUCCUUUGGCUUCGGAGGCUGUAUCGAUUUUGUAGGUGCAUCUUCACGUAUUUCGCCUUCAGAAGCCUCCGAGACAGAUCCAUUGCUAUGAUGCCUGCUGCCAAGAGCCUUGCCGUUGAUGAUAGGGCCCAGCUGCUUUCCAUGUUGGGCUGGCGUUGUAACCUUCGUAGGGCUUCCUAACGAAGGUGCUUGCGACUUCGCGGUGGAAUCUGGCUGUUUCGGAGUUCGCUGGUUGUCAGAAAUGCUCGGAGUGUUGGGAGUCUUUUCCUGCUUUACACUUGCAUUCGCAGCUGGCUUUGAUUCCGAAUAUUGCGAGAUCAAAUCGUUGACGUUCAGCUCCUGCUCCUGCUUUUCUGCACCUAUGGGUAUCUUUGGGGAUCCACGCAACAAGCUUGAAUUUUCAACGCGAACUGCGGGUUUGGUCGCUAGUCCUGUUGUGCCAGCGGGUGGAGUAGACGAGCCACCUCGUCCUUCCCGUCCCUUCAGAAGUUGGGCCUUCAGUUCUGCGGCCCUGGCGUUUAUCUGCGUAACAGGUCGAGGGGGUGCUGGGUUAGCUUUUAUGGGCUGGUUGAAGGGCGAAGGGGAGAACUGGCACACACAGAAAUGUCAGUAAGAUGUUGUAAUGUGUCAAGUAUGUCAAAUGUUUGAAAUACUUCUCAGGAACAAUGAAUCUCUCGCCGUUGCAGGGCCUGCGAGAACGAGGUCGGGCUCCCCGAC